UUGUCCUGCUCUCGGUCUCUCCACUCCGGUCCGUGCUGUGUGCCGCGCUCCGCUCUGUCGCUUCUUCUGCUCGCCAUUGUCAAACUUUGUCAGCCAUAAUGAGGGAAAUCGUGCACAUCCAGGCCGGUCAGUGCGGCAACCAGAUCGGUGCCAAGUUCUGGGAAGUGAUCAGCGAUGAACAUGGCAUCGACCCCACAGGAACCUACCACGGAGACAGUGACCUGCAGCUGGACAGGAUCAGUGUUUACUACAACGAAGCCUCGGGAGGUAAAUAUGUGCCUCGUGCCAUUCUGGUGGAUCUGGAGCCCGGGACCAUGGACUCCGUGAGAUCUGGACCUUUCGGGCAGAUCUUCAGACCAGACAACUUUGUUUUUGGUCAGAGCGGUGCUGGAAAUAACUGGGCAAAGGGUCACUACACAGAGGGAGCCGAGCUGGUGGACUCGGUCCUGGACGUUGUCCGCAAAGAGUCCGAAAGCUGCGACUGCCUGCAGGGCUUCCAGCUGACGCACUCCCUGGGAGGUGGAACCGGCUCUGGUAUGGGAACGCUGCUCAUCAGUAAGAUCCGUGAAGAGUAUCCCGACCGUAUCAUGAACACCUUCAGCGUUGUGCCUUCCCCCAAGGUGUCCGACACCGUCGUUGAGCCCUACAACGCCACUCUGUCCGUCCACCAACUCGUAGAGAACACAGACGAAACCUACUGCAUUGACAACGAGGCUCUGUACGACAUCUGCUUCCGUACUCUUAAACUGACCACGCCCACCUACGGAGACCUUAACCACCUGGUGUCAGCGACCAUGAGCGGUGUCACCACCUGCUUGCGUUUCCCCGGCCAGCUCAACGCUGAUCUCCGCAAACUGGCAGUCAACAUGGUGCCUUUCCCUCGCUUGCACUUCUUCAUGCCCGGCUUCGCACCCCUGACCAGCCGCGGCAGCCAGCAGUACCGUGCCCUCACAGUUCCCGAGCUCACGCAGCAGGUGUUCGAUGCCAAGAAUAUGAUGGCUGCGUGCGACCCACGUCACGGCCGCUAUCUGACCGUCGCAGCUGUGUUCCGGGGCCGCAUGUCAAUGAAGGAGGUGGACGAGCAGAUGCUCAAUGUCCAGAACAAGAACAGCAGCUACUUUGUGGAAUGGAUUCCCAACAAUGUCAAGACCGCCGUCUGUGACAUUCCACCCCGUGGCCUGAAGAUGGCAGUCACCUUCAUUGGCAACAGCACCGCCAUCCAGGAGCUUUUCAAGCGCAUUUCCGAGCAGUUCACAGCUAUGUUCCGUCGUAAGGCUUUCUUGCACUGGUACACGGGCGAAGGCAUGGAUGAGAUGGAGUUCACCGAGGCCGAGAGCAACAUGAACGACCUGGUGUCCGAGUACCAACAGUACCAGGACGCCACCGCCGAGGAAGAAGGGGAGUUCGAGGAGGAGGCCGAAGAGGACCCAUAAAGACCUGAAGAUCCAACCAACCGAUGCCAAAACCAGAAGUAACCAAGUACAACCGCAGCAGUAACCAUGGAAACAGUAUAGUGUUAAGAAAAUGCUCUAGUCCAAUUUUAGUGUGAAUUAGGUAUUUCCUGUCAUUCCUUACAAAUAAACUUGUUAAAUAAAAA